GGUAGGCACGUUGGGUCGUACACCUGCUAGCGUUUUUAGCCGACACAAAGGUAUGAUACAUGCAUUUACAGCCUCUUACUUGCUGUAAGGUAGCUGAUUAAGGUUAAAGUGUACAUGAUACUUGUAGGUGUACGACCCGACGUGCCUAACCUAUGUACAUUGUACGCGACGAGAUUUCAUCUCCGUUGUCACUCGCAGGGAGGAAGAUGGAGACUGGAAAGGUAUGCACAUCAGCAGCACACUCUAGAAACGCCCUUGCACCCUACGGGAGGCUACUCAUGGACGAAAACUAAUUCCAUACCGUGCCUAGUUACCAUUAUCACCUCUGUACAUUGGGGAACCUACUUCGGCAAAUUAACGGUACCACCGCCGAAAUUAGACCAAAUGGAGAUUGCGGCAAACUCCCACUCUAAACCCCGCAUCGAGAAAUCGCCGGAGCCACAAUGGGUACAUCGGGAACGACCGUCCUUGAGUAUGAUUAGCUUGCUCGUACUCAUAACUUUAAUGGGUUACCUAUUGGUCAGGUUUGCAAAAUAGUUCCCAGAUACUGCCCUUCCGCAGCAGCUCAGUUGGUAUAGCACAGUGACGUCUUCUAAAGUCAUAACAGGAAGUUAGAACUUUUCUUGAUUUUUCUUGAGAGUAGAGAGUUGAAGUAACCGCUGUAGCAUUCGCUACUGAGUCGCUAAGUGUUGAAGUUUGGUUGAUCGUUUCACUUGGUACGAGAUCGUGACAAGAAGUCGAUUGUAGAAGUCUGAAUUCAAUGGUUUGUGCGGAGAUGGAAGGAUGUGUACCACCC